UUCAGUCAACAGCAGUCAACUAGAGCGGCAAUUCUUUGUCUAAAUUUUUCCGCUUCAUAUGUUAUUUACAUUUUUUGUACUUUAUAAUUUUUAUAAUAUUUAUCAAGAAGGGAUGCUAACCCUGUACACGUACCAUCAAGGACGUAAGAUCAUCGCCAGUAACUGACGCCGUAGAGGAUAUGCAAAAACCGGAUAUUGCUCACGGAGGAUUCUCCAUUGAAAGUUGUCAGUGGUGACAGAGAGGUUCUUGGUUAGGAUCACGUACAGAGACAGAAUCCCUAUCGUGCAAGCUGUACCAAUACGAAAGCGUAUCCAAGAGUUUUGCAAGCUGGCGAAUUUGAAUAGCGAAAACGAACAGGAAACUGGUAUCUAGAGAUUUCAAGAGUUACUCAAGAUAAUCGUCCAGUCCCGUUCUCUGAGUCAUUUUCACGGCCAUUCUAUGUUUCGACUCGUCGACCGACCCCUUGGUUUCAGGCAGCGCGCCAACGAGUGGAUCUAUAAGAUGUUGUUUCUCUGGUCAAGGGAACCUGUCCCAGGACCUAGAGCUGGACCAUGGUUCGCAUGGUUCGCGACGGCUGUGCUACUGUGGCGCUGCAGGCGACGACUAGCCAAAGCUAUCCUGGCAAUAUCGCCAUUUCGAAUUUUUCGAAAAGCUGUUGCUCCCAUAUCGAUUCCGAAUUCAAAAUUGGCCAGAGAAAGAUCGAGUCCGAUGAUGGAGCUUCAUCCAAAGCACAGCACAGGGAUAAAGACACGUGUCAAGCGUCUCUAUACCGGCGACGGACUUCACGUUUCAAGUUCUUCGAUGCAGGUCAGCCAACAGGUCAACUACAGGGUCACCAGAAGUGGUAGAAUUUAUGGAAAGUAUCCGAACAAGACGGUCGUCACGAAGAGGCACUAAGUGAAUUAGCGCUCGGAGAAUCCUGUAAAAAAUAAUCCCACAAGAAAUCGCUUAUUUAUACUAGUUAUGUCCGCGUGAUGUCACCGCCGUCUCAGUCAUACCUAACCUAU